CCUUCGGGCUCCUAAGGGGCGCGCGCCAUCUCCACCGCCUUGGGCGGAACCGGCCCCCAAGGGCUAGGGCCGCGCGGAGCCGGGGCCGCGGCGGGAUGCGGCCGCUGUCGGGGCGAUGGUGGCUGCUGCUGUGGCUGCCGCCCCUAGCCACGCUGCCCGCGGGCGCCGAGGACGCGGCGUUGUCAGUUCCAAGAUGUAAAGUUUUGAAAGAGAUGGAUUUUAUUCAAACUUCUGAGUCAAAAUGUUACUGCUACAAUCAGAAUUCCCAAAUGGAGUGGACAUCUCUGUGGUCAUCUGUGCAGGUGAAAAUUACCAGUCCGGGCCUGCUCAGUAUUGUAUAUAUCACAGAAAUGCGUAAUUGCCAGUAUCCAGAAACAAUUCUGACUUUUAUCAAAUGUGUUAUUCAUAAGUUUUGGGCACCAAAAGAAUCUAAUGAAAUAACUAUAAUCAUCAGUCCAUACGAGGAAACCAAGUGCUUCUCUGUGAAUCCUGUCAGGGAAAUAUUUAUUUAUACAAUAAGAGUGAAUCGAAAGAUUGUGGAUUUCAAACUUUUCCUUGUAUUUGUGGCAGGCAUUUUCCUUUUCUUUUAUGCAAAGACCUUGAGUCAAAGCCCUGUUUUCUAUUACUCUUCAGGGACUAUGCUGGGUGUUGUAAUGACUUUAGUCUUUAUACUACUGUUAGUGAAAAGAUACAUUCCAAAGUAUAGCACCUUUGGGGCUCUAAUGGUUGGUUGUUGGUUUGCUUCAGUUUAUGUUGUGUGCCAACUGAUGGAAGAUCUCAAGUGGCUGUGGUAUGAAAACAGAACAUAUAUGUUUGGCUAUGUUUUGGUAGUUGGAUUUUUCAGUUUUGCUGCCUGCUACAAACAUGGACCCCUUGUUGAUGACAAGAGCAAAAGUCUUCUCAUGUGGACCCUACGGCUUCUCUCCCUGGUUCUAAUCUAUGCUGGUGUGGCCGUGCCUCAAUUUGCUUAUGUAGUCAUGAUCCUCCUUAUGUCCUCUGGGAGUCUGCACUACCCAAUGAAAGUAUUCAGUUAUGUGAAGUGGAAAAUGAAGACGUGGUUUACACCAGGACAGCCAGUGGUUAAGUGUCUUACUGAAGAGGAAUAUAGGGAACAAGCUGAUGCCGAAACAACCAGCGCCCUGGAGGAACUGCGCAGAGCCUGUCGCCGGCCUGACUUCCCAUCCUGGAUAGCCAUCUCCAGACUCCAGGCUCCUAAAAAAUUUGCAGAGUUUGUUCUUGGAGCAAGCCACCUGUCACCUGAAGAAAUCCGUCUGCAUGAAGAAGAGUAUGGCCUUGGCGGUGCUUUCUUGGAAGAGCAGCUCUUUAACCUACAGACUGACAGUCUACCUGCAAGUUGACUUCAUUCUGGCCAGGAAGUGAGUAAAGGGCAAGGAUGCAGUUAAAGUUGGGCAAAAGGGUUUUAAGGAACAGUGGAAAAAGCAUGUGUUGUGGAGAAAAGCCAUGCUGGAAAGGAAGACUAACCUAUCUAUAUUAAAGGGAACUUAUUUUCCUAGUAAGUUCUGCUACUUAUUGUACUGUAGGUAGCCAGCAAGAUUCUGUGACAGUUCAUUGCCACUUACCUUGAAGUCUUUCAUUAGGAACAAGGGAAUCAUGUUGUUCUUCAAGGGACCAGUAAGUAUGAACAGGUGACUUGUCAAAACCAAGGCACUAAAUCCUUACUCCCCUCAACCUGGGCCAAAAGACUAUUGUUCUUCCUGCAUUCUAUCAAUACCAGUGAUGGAAGAGACCUGAGAUAUACUGGGCCUGUGCUUUCUAAAGUGUGAUCCACAGGAUAGCAACAAGUGUUUUAGUCAGUGAAAGGAUUCUGAGGUUAACUAAGAUUGAUACAAAGUUAGACAAAUAUAUUGUAGGGCUUCUCCAGGGCCUUUAAUAAUACUAAUGCACAUUGUGAAUCUCCUAAACAAGGAGAAAUUGUGUAGCAGUUUCUGCCUUAAUUUGGUCACAGGACCCUUUUUUAUGAGACUAAUAUUCCUUAGAACACAUAUUUGUAAAAUGCUAAUGAUGGUAGAAUUGAGGUUUGAGGAGGUUAUAUAACUCAUCCAAGACCACAAAGCUAUUUGAGGCAGUGCUGGUAGAGCUCCAGCCCCAGUAUGUCCUGACUCAGGUAGAAGACUUCUUCAGACACAAACUCAGGGGCCUACAGUCUAGUUCUCACAAUGUUGACAUCUUUUUUAUUAUUAAAUAAUGUACCUAUUUAAUAACUGUGAUAAACAUUUAAAGUUUUGAUAAGAUUUAGAUAUAUGUGUGGAUUAGAAAUUAGAAUUACUUUCUGUAUUUUUUGUAUGUUGAAAUUGAAGAAAACCUUUUGUGAAAUUUGAGAUUCAUUUUUAAAAAUUGU